AUGACAGAGUUAGCUGGCUGCAUUGACUUCCUUAUGAAGAAGGAAAAGUGUGGAUGGUCAAAAGGAACAUCAACAAAUCCACCAAGCGUUGUUGCAUCAUCAGACGUUAGCAACCAAGUGACAGGAAACGGAAAGGCUGAUGUGAAACGCCAAGCGGGUUCGACAAAACACUCUGCAGUUUCCAAGAAUAUUGUGCUUAAAAAACCUGCAAAAGUGAUUCUUGGUAUAGAUGAAAGUGAUCUGAGAUCCAAAGUACAACUGCCGUGGAAGAAAAAUCUUAAUUUGAGGAUAGAGGAAAGAGCCCAGGCCAUGCAUCAGAAAAUAUUACAGAACGAUAACCUGAAGAAGGACCAGGAAAAGAAGAGUAUAAAAAAGUUCCCUAGGGAUGACUUGGCUAAAGAGUGGUUCAAUACUGAAAGCAUGACACUGACAACCCGGGCGUACUUGCUGGACAAGCUUCUACCCACCUUGAUUCCGGGAGUGGAACAAAUGCUGAUGCAGGUGGAGAAGAAGAAGCUUUUGAGCCAAGCUGACAUCCCAACCAAGUUUGACCCAAUUAAUUAUUUGGGGGAAUAUUUAAUGAGACACAAUACUCAUUAUGUCAAAGACCCAGGAAUGUCUGGCUACCAGAGGGUGCUGAGAGAGGUCACAGACGAACUGAAGGUACACGUUCCUGAUACGAUCAGCAACAGAAUAUCCAAGAUGAAGGAGAAAGUGAAACAAAAGAGAGAACAAAGAGAGUAUAUAAGCACAGUCAAAGUCAAGGUGGCCACCAUGAGAAAGCAGGCUCUGGAGGAGCAGUUCAAGGAAUGGGUUCUCACCCCCAAAGGAAUGAUUCCAAUAGUCGUGAUUCAGAAUGUCCUUUAUGAUUUUUUUCAGAAGCCAGAGCUGAAUCUUGCAGCUCCAAGUACUACAGACUGGGACAAGGGCAUAGGGAAGAUUCUUCAGGUGCUCUUGAAUUCUGUAACUGGCAGUAUAAGUGACAUCCUUCAGAUACUUGGUGGCUUUGCGGAUAUGCAUACCCCUGAUGGCUUGGGCAGUUUCCCGGGUGUUCUUAAAGUGAACACGAAGUAUGUUUCUUCAUACGUUAUGGACUUGAAAAGCGAAGUUUUUGAGGAAUUCCUUAAACACCUGUGCCACCGCGCAGACGAAUUCCGGGAGAUCAUAAUGACGGACCUGCGGAGGCAGAGCUUUGCUGAACUCUUCCUGCAGUGCGACAGUGGGAAGGUGAUGGCCUUGGAUCGGCAGAGGACACUGGCCUUGCUGGAAGCGUUCUAUGAUCAAUGUUCUUCCACCACUAGGAGUUUACUCCGAAACCCAAGACAAUGGCCAUUUGUUGAAUUUGAGGAGAUAGAGUUGACUGAGUUCUGGGGAGACAUGGAUAUCAAGAAGCACAUUUAUGAAGACUUUGAUGCACUGCUCUUAAAGAUGAAUUUGUUAGUUGCUGAAAAAUUUGCAGACAAACUCUCAGAAAACAAUGAUCUCCCACAAGAGCAGAGAGAGAUCAGUACAGAACAAGAACUUCCAUCAGACUCAGCAACGGAGCCAGGAACUGCCCCACAACUCACCUCCCAAGAGAAACCCCACAGAGUGUCACUUACAGGACAAAGACAGGGCAAAGGGCCUCGCAAAACAUCUGCUUCAAGACAAGGAGCAAGCAGAGGGUCAGUGGCACAGCAAGGGUCCAGAAGAAGCUCGGCCGUAGAACAAACAAAGCAAAGAGGGUCGGUGGCAGAGCAAGGGUCCCGAAGAAGCUCGGUAGUAGAACAAGCACAGCAAAGAGGGUCGGUGGCAGAGCAAGGGUCCCGAAGAAGUUCAGCCAUGGAACAAGAGCCACCAACAGAGCAAGAGCCAAACAGAGAUUCAGUGCCAGAACAAGAAUCACGCGGAGGGUCAAACACAGAGGGAGAAUCACAGAGAGGGUCAAUUUCAGAACCUGGACAACGCAGAGCAUCAAUAACAGGACAACGCAGAAAGUCAUCUGUAGAUGACGCUAGUAGUUCUUCAGAAGCAGGGCCGCGCAGAGGAUCGGUGGCAGAUCAAGGACAGCGCAGAGGAUCCGGAGGUUCGCGCAAAGGGUCUGCAGGACGCAAAAUGUCAGCUUCAGAAUAUGGACCACAUCAAGAGUCCAUAACAGAAGAGCCCCUCGUUGAGUCAGAACAAGGACCACAAAUAGACACCAUUCAAGAAGAACAGGAUGCAGACUCAGCUCCACAAUUAGAAGGCGGUGCCUUAAAAGAAGAUAAAACCUCAGAAUUUAAUAAAAUGGAAUCUCAAGAAACAGAGCCUUUGGGGCUCAUCAAUGAAGAGCAAGUCCCCAUGGAUUCUGAACAGCAGGAGGAAGCUCCUAUAUCCAGCAAAAAGGAACGUCCAUCAGGUAGCUCCCAAAAAGACCGCCUUUCAGGAACUUCAAAAAGAGAUUCUCAGAAAGACAAAGCCUGUGAACCAAAGCCCCAGCACAUAGAAGGAAAAAAAUGGUCAGGAGAAUUUUUGAUUUGUGACUGGAAGAUGAAGCAUGUCAAAUCUGAAGAUGAGGAACAGGCCAAAUUAAUCUGUGAUGACCCCAGAUUCACAGAUCUCCAUGCAACUAUUAGGAAUUUUCAGGCUUACAAGGGGAUCAGAGGGAGGAGUGCCUUCAAUGGAGUCUCCCUCAAUUUGCUGCAGUUUGUACAACUCCUAGAGACAUUUGUUGGUGAAGAUACCUCCUAUAGUGUCAGCAAGAACCUCACCUCCUUUUUUCAGAAGAACUAUUCUGAAACGAAGCAAGAGAAAAUUAAAGCCUUAGAACAGGCCAGACAAAAUUCCUUCCGAGUCCGACGGAAAAUUCUCCUCGAAGCCCUCUUUGAUAAGUGGGACAAUGAUGGCUCAGGCUUCCUGAAGCUGAAUGAAGUUGAUAAUCUCCUGUAUACAUAUAAGGAGGGAAUGGAAAGAGAAUCCAUGAAGAAAGCUAAACUUCACAUAAAAUUUCCAAAGCCGAGUCCCGGUCACGAAGUCAAACUGUCUUCAAAGCAAUUUCGGAGGUACAUAGAACUGGUUGUAUCUGAACUCAGGGGCAAUGAAGACCAAGUUCUAGAAAGCGUUGUGGAGUUCCUGAUGGGUUCUUUAGAGAGAAGCCACGUUGAGGGUCUAAGGAACUGUGCAAGGCGGAAAUGGCUCCAUCAGAUCCAAUAUGCUGCAGAGACAAGUGGGGUUUCCCUGGAGCCGGUGUACACUGAGACCUUCAGGGCCCUCACCCAGGAUGCUGAGGCUCACGGAAAUAAGAAGAUCAGUGCUCACAUCUCCCUCCUAGAGGAAAACGUGCUCCUGCCUGAGAGGGGAAAUGUUCUCUUGAGGAAUGUGGCUUGCACUCUAGAUGAUGCUCCAUUUGUCCUGAACAAAGUGCUCUACAGGGACAUGAAGGGAAUCAGCUUUACAGUAGUGGAUGAAGGCAAGCCAAUCCAUGUCCCUCAGGUUCAACACCACGGAAAUAUCUUCUUCUGGAACAGUUCCCGAAGUAAGAAUGAGCAUAAUGGGUCGUUCCUGGCUCUGCCUCUUCAGGAUGCAUAUAUGAGGAUCUUUGGGGUCCUGGCAGUUGACACACUUCGAGAUCCCCAUAACAUAAACAUCUUCUUACCUCACGAGAUCAGAUUCUAUCAGGGUGUUGCCAGUGCCUUCAGCACAGCUUAUCACCACGUUCACAGCAGGGAACACAUCCUGCACUCUGUGCUUACAGGCAUCAGAUGGCUCUUCAAUAUGACAUCUGGCAUCACCACCAUUACUACAUACUUCAUUGAACCUAGCUCAGAACAGGAAGACUAUAUUUUGCGCAAUAUGAUGGUUACAGAUCACCUCGGUCUAGCAGAAAUCCACACAGAUCCCCCUGUUAUCUCCAGGAACUCAUGCAUCUUCAGGGACUUCCUCUUUAAAUGCACAGACACUUCAGAAGUUAUUUUGGCUUCUUCCGGUGGAGAAACUCACAUUGCCAUUCCACUUCGCCAGAGAACCAAAGAGGCGAUGGGUGUCCUUGAUGUUAACAUUGGCCAGAGUAGGAUGUUGGUGUAUCAGGAGUAUAAAGAUGUACAGAAAAUGAUGAAGAUGAUCCAAAACGUCACCUAUGAAAUACUGGGAGAAUUCACUGGAGAAAUCGAAAAAACUAUGGUUUUAGAGAUGGAAAAGGCAGGAGAGGUGAAGCGGGCAGGGAUUCUUUUCUUCCGAGUCAUGCUGCAAGAGCUUCAGGAAUGCCUCCGCCUCCUGGACUCCAUGGACUUUGUGUCACUGUUGCUAUACGAGCACAAACAUCACGUCGACUCUGUUUUUCAAGACAUCAGUUCCCAGGAGAUAGAAGCCAACGUGGCACUUGUACACAAUAUCCUGAAAGCAGUUAUCUUGUUCUCUCAGCAAGAGAAAGAAUCUUUCCGUGACUUGGAAGAAUGGGAAAGAUGGAAGUUUCACAUUAACAAGUACUUAGUGGAGGAGAUUUGUGUCCUUGAUCCAACUGCUAGCAAUGUGGAAGUUAAUAUGGGGCUUAUAACAAGAUAUAUCCAAGAUCAUUCUCGAGUUCAAGUCUGGAAAUUUGGGAACAUUGUCAUUGAACUCCUGUACCACUGGAUCUACGUUUGUUUAACUCUCAUAGAACUAAACAUCCAACAAGAUAGUUCCAUUAUACCUCCAUUGCCCAAGAAGAGUACCACCUCUAUUUAUGCAAUAUCCUCAGAGAGAUCAAUUCGAGAGAAAUUUUAG